CCACGUGAACAGCACACAUGUCGAGGUUUGCGUGUUGAAACGACGGGGACGUGAAUUUAUACUGGAAAACAAUAUACUUCUGAUGAAAAUUAAAUUUUAAACAGUUUUAAACAAUCUAAAAUGAGUAUGAGUGACGAAGAUAGAGAGAUUGACAUUGAGAGUGAUGCUGUAAGUAUGGUUGAUAGAUAAAAAAAUUAAAAACAAAAUUAUUUUGUAAAAAUGGCAACUGACCUACUUCCCGCGACUGAAAGAUGAGGUAGCCUUGUACUUGUAAAAGUACCGUGGAGCCUGUCAUUGUCAUGUCCAUCUUGUAUUAGAUUUUAAGAAUACUUGCAUAUCGUAUUUUAAAAAAUAUUAUUAUAUUUAAGAAUGUAACUAUUUGAAAUGAAUUAUAGGUCUAUAUAGUCUAAUACUAAGUAGGCCUGCUGAUUUUAAUUUCAUUAUUAUUAUUUGACUAGUGACUAGUAGUCGUAGUUUAUUAGUUCCAGGCCUAGGCCUAGUGUUUUGUUUACCUUCACUAUCAUUCAUAAUAAUAUAGGGCACCAAAUUAUAGUUUACAUUUACAUAAAGGCAUAGGCCUACUAGAUCAGAAGAAUAGGUGGAGUGGUCAGUAUAUUAAGAUUUGUAUGACUUAAACUUAAGUAAUUAAGUCUAAUUUAAAUUAUAAUCAUUUUGUCCAGGUAAUUCAAUAAAAAAAUUAUUGAAAAAUUGAAGAAAAACCAAAUUAAUUUAAAUUAGUCAAAGUCAACAUAAAUUGUCAAAAAGCAGUGUCUGAAAUUGGGUCUCUCAUUUUGUCCUCCUUUUAAGAUGAUCAAAUUACCGAUUCUGGUAAAAUUAGACAAUCCAGGUCAGAUGCCAGAUUUCUAUGCUUUUGUUUACGUGACCGCCAUCUUUGUUGAAAAUUUAACUUAGCAGACAUGAACAAUGUAGAGAUAACAGAAAAUUUUAUCAUUAAACUAAUCUUAGCCCAUGUUGUAAAAUUUAUGAAUUUACCUACUGUGAUAGUACUCUAAACCCAGGGCUCCCGAUAGGGGGGAGUUAAUGUAAAGGAUCUUGUAGAUGUCCGCAAACUAGGAAUUUUGUAAUUUGUUGCUUUAGGUUAAAGACUUUUGGGUCUACUUCUUUUAUUCCUGUAUGUUUAAAAUUUUUCAAUUGCCGACUUUCUCUUAUGCUCACAUUUGUGUAAUAUAAUUUUAACCCCCCCCCAAGUUCGUAAAAAUGUCAUUAGGCUUAGGGAGACCGCUCUAAAUAUUUGACUGCUAUUUAACAGCAAAUAUUAAUAGGAGUUUAGGCUUGAAUUUUUUUUUCAAAUUCUCAGGUCUGGUUACUAAUCGAAUGAUUUAUAUUAUCAUACUUAAUUAGAAAUUUAUAUCUAGUGACUUCGAUUUAUAAUCUUUAAAUGGUUCCUGGAUUUUUGCACUGUAUAAUCCUGUAUGUAGACAUCUGUAACAGGAGAAGGGGUGUUGGUUUAAGCUUCAUACAGAUGUGGGUGGUGGUGGAAAAGAUGCAUAUUUUCUGACAUUCUUUAUGGACAGACCCUAUAGGCUUUAAUGACUCAAAUUUGUUAAGUGAGUGCUUUUGGGCUUGUUGGACAUCAACUGUAAACUAUUAGUGAAAAAUUUGACAGAACAUGCAUAAUUAAUAAAAAUCUAUUAAAUAAUUAAUUGAUAGUAAAAAAAUAUUAUUUAGUCAAGGUUUUUCUUCAUCAAUAAGUCAUGUUCUUACCAUUUCAAAUUUGUCAUUUCUUACUUUUUCAAAUUUUGAAAAAAAUCAUUCCUAUAUUUAUUUAUAGGGGCCUAUCCUAAUUAUUUCCCCCAUCUAGUAAAAACUGCAAAUAAUGAUUUUAAUAAUAGUUUUGUCUAUGUUUUGCAUAAGCCAAAAAUUGGAAGCUAAGCUAUGUCAAUCAUGAUUAGGUUAAAGCAAGAUUAGGCUUACAUUUUUAUGAAGUUCUGUAGGGUUGUAUUGUUAAUAAUGGUAUUUAUAAAUAAAUUAAAUAAGACUAUUUAUAAAAAAUUACUUUUACAGGAUGAUGAAGAAAGCCCACAGACAUUUAGCUCAGUAUGUACUUAUGAUAUUAUUCAAAAGUAAUGUAAAUGAGUGCUAACUAGUCUUAUAAUAUUAAUAAAUUGAAGGAAAAUAUAAACCAGUAUUUAGAAAAUGCAUAUAUCUAAAGAUGGAAAGUUCUGCUAUGGAAGAAAAGUCUCAUGCUCUUGACUAUUCACAUGAUUGAUGAUAGUAUAGUAUUUCCUUUUAUAUGCAUUAUAUUUGAUAGAAAAAUGUUUCAAUGAUGUAAUUUUUCCCCAGGAUGACAAGAGAGCCCAUCACAAUGCAUUAGAACGUAAACGUAGAGAUCAUAUUAAAGACAGCUUCCAUAGCCUUCGUGACUGUGUUCCUCAAGAUGAUAAUAAGGUUGUUAUCACAGAACGGGAGUGUCAAAAGGUGGCUACAGGGUUUAUUACAAAUAGUCAGUGUGUUCUAUUUGUUGAAGGAUAUUGGCUGGUUGCCAGUGCAACGGGUCUCAUCUGUUCUCAAAAUACACUGACUUUAAUUCUUGAUAAGGGUGUUUUUCAUGACAAAUAAAAUAUAUUAUGUUUUCAAAUUAUUUUUAUUUCCAUAAACCAUUGUCAAAUUUGAUCUGCAAACAAAAAAACUGAACUAUUUUUAGUGAAGCACAUUGUAUCUUGAGCCCUUUUGGUAUUGGGCAACUCCCUCUUGAUCCUUAUCAGUUCCACUGAUAUAUUAGUUGUUAUCAUGUAAAUAACUAUUUUGCUUAUAUUGUAUCAUGUAAAUAACUAUUUUGAUUAUAUUGUAAGAAAUCUCUGAAUGGAAAAAUAUAUCACUAUUAUUUUUCAAUUUGAUUACUUUAAUAAUAGCCUUUUGCUUUGAACUAAAUUUGACCUAUAUUAAUAUGUCUAUAGCUUAAACAUUUAUAAAAAAAAAAAGGUGUAGUCCAUCAAGGAUUUUAGAAAUAUUUAAUUCAAAUUAGUCAUUUUCUUUCAAUGACAUGUUUAUAAAAGCUCACCUCAAAAAUGAUUUAGUCUUAAAUUGUAUGAACACGUAAGACAAAGUUCAAUGGUAGCAAAGUCUGCAUCACAACCAAGAUUUUUCUGGGUUUUGUCCUGACUUCUUGGCUAUUCGCUGGGUGAAAUGGACAGGUCACUCAGUAAGGUAACUGUUGUUGGGAGGAGGAAACACAAAGUGAAAAUAACUCCUCAUAACUGCUGGAUAAACGGGCUUAAAACUGACCAGAGCAAAAAGUUAUUUUUAUAUAUGUAACAUAAAAGCUUCAAAUAAUUGACACACAUGGAUUGGAAGAUUCUAAAUUAUGUAGAGGGUGUAAUUGGCAUCGGUCUAGAAACUGAAAUUAUUGCAUUUUUAUCACAACAAAUAAUUCAUGCAAGUGUUUGUAGCAAUACUUAUUGCAUGAAUAAAUUGUAUAGAUGAUUGUGGAGAAAGAGAAAAUCAGUCAACCUUAACAUUAUGGUUAAAGGCUUAGUAUGAACAAGGCAGGUAGAAACGGAAAAAUUAGAGCGUGUUAUGCAUUUAACCAUAUUAUGUAGAGCUGAUCAUUUAGAACUAUGCUGGGGACCAACCAAAAUUUGGACUGAAUUUUAGUUGAAUAAAAUAAGGAAGGCUGACUUGAAUAGAGAGACUUUGUAUGUAUGUAAAAUUUUGCUGUUGGUGUCGAUGCAUUGUAUUGUAUACAUUAAAUAAAACAUUUCUCACCAUUUAAAAGUGAAAUGCCUAUAAUAAUUAUUAUUAAAUAUACAACAAUAUCUAUAAGGGGGUGCCUCUCAAAUUAAAGUAGUUGAAAAAGAUACAUUGAAAAUUAUGAUAAAUUUAAAUUUUAAUUUUUAAUCUUGUGAACUUCAGAUCACAUCUUUAGCUACAUACCCUUUUAAUACUUUUAUCAAAUCAACUUCCUAAUAUUUUUUUAUAUCACAUUUAGAGUUUAAAAGUUUAAAAAAAUUUUUUUUUUUUUUUUUUUUUUUUUGACAAACUCCUCUAGCAAGGUAGGACUUUUUUUUCUAAAAAAAAAAGUUACAUUUCUUAUACCCAUUCAGAGCUUUUAUUUAAUGUUAAAUUAUUUUCAAUCACCAUUUGUUUAAUUUCUCAGUCACCCAACAUGGGACUAUGAUCUUUAAAUUUGAAAAAUUAAAUACAUUUUUGGAAUUAAAAAUUAAUUACAAAUUUUAAAAGUUAACCAAAAUAUGAUGUAGUUGUUCUGAAUUUUUAUUGUGCUUAUGGGAUGCUGUUUGGAGCCAGAGAGAAAGUAGGAAUGCAUUUUAAAAAAUAAUUAUUUGGGAUGGGCAAUAUAAAAAGCUUUUUAAAAUAAGCAGUUUGAACUGUUUUGAUUUUAAUCUAAAUUGAAAUGUGUUGUUCUUCUUAGACUUCCCGUGCACAAAUUCUGAGACAGGCUGCUGAAUAUAUUAUUCGAAUGAGAGAUAAAACACUGCAGAAUGACAAACAUAUAAGCAUCCUUAAGCAGCAAAACGAAGAUUUGCAGGCCCAAAGUAAGUUGCUUUCAGUUUAAAAUAUUUUAAUUUAGUGAUUUAUGAAAAGUACCUUAAAAAGUAGAUUUAAGUAGAUAUUUCAAUUUACUUAUUUUGUAAUUUCAGUCAAAGCUCUCCAGAAAUCUCAAGCUGGUGGAAAGACAGUGCUCAGCUCGAGUUUUAUGGAUGAUGAGAGAGGAGAUGAUGAUUAUGAGAGUUUUGAGGAACAGACUGUUAUUACGUCCCCUCCUUCCAAACGCAAAAAGGUCAAAACUGCAAAUAGCUGAGAACUAGUGUGUGAAUUUGUAGUGAAUUUUCUCAGUGGUGGUUGAAAUUUGAUGUCAGGCGGGUGGUCAUUAAUGUACAAAAAAUUUUUCAAAGUAUUCCAGGAUAUUUCUUUUUUCUAUGAUGUGUAACAUCAGCUAUUCUCAUUUUGAUGGGUUUAGAAAGCAUUGUUUUAUUUAUGUUGAUAAAUGAAAUAUUUGAGAUUGCAUGAUUACCUCUCUAGCUCAAGUUCACAGACUGGCCGACCUCUUGCCUGAUAACCUACUGGCAGUGUGGCAGGAGUAAAACAAAAUCCUUUCAAUAAUUACUUUGGACUGAUCCCUUUUGGUCAAUUGUGUGUUUAAAAUGUAGCAAUUAAAUUUUUUUUUUAUAUUAAAAUUCAUUUAUUUGAUAUGUAUUUAUUUAAAAUUGUGAAUAGACUAAAUUUUUUAUUUUAAAAUUUAAAUAACAAAAGAGAGAUCAAUGGAGCUUGUCGGAUAAACAUUUGAUUAGAUUUGUUUAAUUUGAAAAUGUAAAAUAUUCCAGACAUUAAAGAUGUUUUCUAUAAAUAACGUGUGAAGAGCGAGUUGAUUUGAGUAUGGUACUAAAAUGUUUGGUGAACUUGCCCACAUUUUUAGGUCAUAUACAGCAAUUCCUAGGGUCAUUUUCAUUUGUAAAAAUUUUUUCUCUCAGUUCCUCUUGGUGUGCAUGCAUCAAGCAUAUGUUACAUUAAUAUUUAUAUUAAUCUCAUGAUGUAUUAUAUGUUUUGUUAAGUAAGAAGGGGCUAUUUUGGAGCUGUCCUAUGCCAAAGAAUUCUCACCAUGGCAUGGCAUAAACAUUUUAACAUAUUAACAGUUCCUGCUGGCCAGAAAGAGAAUAUUGAC